AUGAUGCCCGAGGAGGGGCCAUCCCUCAUGGAUCGAAAGUUCCUCAUGGAUAGCUCCUCAGACAAUGCUGCAAAAGACCACGAAACCGAUACCUCUUACUCGCCGAAUCUCUGCGGCCUCGCAACCCCAAACCAGAAAGAUAUUGCUUCUUCUACGGAACUCUAA